AUGGAGCACCAAUCGGAUAUGGGAGCUUAUGUAGAAAGUCCCAAUGUACAAAACAGUGGGAAUUAUAUUACAAUUAUACCAGUUGAAUAUACGCGGCGGGGAUAUCCUAUUCAAGCUGAAUAUCAAUACAAAUCGCGCGAAGAGUAUUAUUCAGUACAAAGCCAAAAGUUGCAAGCCGAGGUGAACGCCCACUUAUAUUCUGUAUCGCAGCGUUUACCCCAUCUUUCGUACAGCCCGUUGGGACGGCACGGAGAGUGGGACAAACAUGACACUCACAAACCAUUACCUGAUUCGAAGGAGAGCAAUAGCUCUGAUUCGUUGGAAAAGAGUGUUAUGGGAUCCAACCUUAGCAGUUGCUCAAAUCAAACCGGUUCCAGUAGUAUCGCCGCGGGAUCGUUUAGUACAGCUGACCCUAUAACUAGCGGUGGGAGUUCAUCUAGUGCUAUUUCUCCACCAUUACCUGGUUCUUCAGGUAGUACAGCAUCGUCUUCCACUGGAUCAUCUAACCCAGUUACCUGUAUCUAUUUAAUGUCACGCGUCGCUAUCAUGGUGGAGAUGAGUUCCGAAGAAAUUCCAUCUUGUGUGACGGCUUCCCGAUUUCUCAAUGCGGUACUGGCUACUGAGGAGUUGGGUCUAAAUACUCCGAGCGCAAGAAACUUGGCUGCAAACGUAUUUGCGUUAUGGAUGUGUAGUCCUCUGUUAGAAAUACAAUUAAAACCCCACCAUUGUCCGUGGCGUGUUUGGGCUGGUUGGCAGAAACUUCUGCAGCGGUAUGGCCAUGCAUCAGAGUCACGUCGGUCCAGAGAUCAGCCUGCGCUUAGGCUACAGAGGAAUGUCUUCUUUCCAAAACAUCUAGAAGAGGGAAUAAAGGACUCGCGUAUCCAGGAAUUGUUGUAUGAAGAAGCUCGGCAUAAUGUGGUGACGGGGCGGUAUCCGUUGGAAAGCGCACAAGCUCUGAUGCUAGGCGGCCUCCAAGCUAGAAUACAACUCGGUCCUUACGAUCCGCACAGGCAUACAGCGAAAUUUUUUAGAGAGAAUCAAGACAAAUAUCUUCCGAAACACGCGAGAUCUGGACGUUGGACUCGCUUGUUACCGGCUGGACGUAAGGGGAGUCCUGAAGCUAAACUUCUAGAACAAGCUCAAAGACCGCCUGCAGCGCCACCUAGGAAGUUGAGACACAAAUAUUUGGCGCAUACUAGAACAUUGCCGACUUACGGCGCAGCUUUCUUCCAAGGUCAAAUCGAGCAGCCAGUACGGAGUCUCACCAGUCUCUUGACUCAUGAAGAUAUUCCAGUCUUAGUGGCUGUUAAUUCUAAUGGAGUUUAUGUCAUUGAUGAUACCGAGAGUACGGUGUUACUAGGAUUGUUAUAUGAAGAAUUGUCUUGGGAUAUUGGUCUUCCAUCAGAGGACAACGAAGACUGCUUGCCGUGCCUCUUCUUGCAGUUUAUGGUAGUUGAGAACGGAUUGAGAGUCUCCAAAAUAUUGCAGGUAUUUUCUAAACAAGCAGUAAUGAUGGAUACAUUAAUUGAGCAUUUUGCCGGUGAAUACCGGAAGAGGUUAGGACAAGAAACGCCGAGUGAUCACGCCAAUUAUGAUUAUCAUUCAGACUCUGGCAGUAUUUCCCUCCCCCCACUGUCGCGACCAGAUUCCCCCCAACGUCGUCUUGCCAAUAAGCUAUCUCGCCUUGCGUUAGCGACGCACGACGGUAGAGGAAACCUCUUAGGGGGAGCAGGAGAUUGGUCUUCUGGCUUACAUCACACUCAACCGUCAUGGAUAUUUCCAAAACAUUAA